UAAAAUGUGGUUACUGUGGCUGGCUCAUGUUCGGGUCUUGUGCAGAGAUUCAAGCUCAUCAAUGUUUUAAAAACUAUGACGAAAAUAUUCAUGUCCUCUCUAUUGACAAGACAGGACGUGCUACAAUAAGAAUCAAGGAUACAAAUGAAAAUAUGCAGAUUGAUGUUCCACCAUCGGAGAGUAACGAAUGUACUAUAUCAGUUGACACCAAGGACGAGAUCCUAAUUGAUGCUGUAGAGCGGAGGCCAGCUCUUUGGAAUUUUAAGUUGCUGGCACAGAAGCGUACCCCCGUUAUAAAACGACUAAAUUGUCACUUGCGCCUUGAAGAAGUCUCAUUCUUUGUGUAAACAUUGGCCGUACCCAAAAUUUUCGUUUUCUUGUAUAUUUUUUAUUUUGUAAUAAAAUAUUAUAAGCGAAAUAUAAUUUUCGUACUCUCUUAAAUAUCAGAAUAGCACGCCAACUUGGCAUAUUUCUUGCAUUUCGCAAUAAUUUUAACAUCACAGUUAACACUACUUCUUCGUCCA